CACAAAACAGCAAUCACAAACAUCAGGGGCUAAAUCUGCAGCUCAGACCGAGACUUAACCCAGAUAUAAGAAGAGACAAUGGCAGGAGCAGAAUCAGUCCAGCCAGUUCCAGAGAUAAAUCCCCCGCCCCCACGAGAAUAUGAUCAACCAUGGAGGAGUACACCCUGGGGAAAAAGAGAAGAUUUGAGGAAAGAGCUGAGAGGGUUCCAGUUGAGCAAUCCCAAUAUUAAACAUGUCAGGAUCUUGUUAGCUAGCGAAGGCGGAGCAGGAAAGUUGAGCUUCAUCAAUUCAAUCAAUAGUGCAUUCCAAGGAAGAAUCACCAGGGAUGCCCUUGUUGAUGAAACAUCUGGAACAAAAACAUACUAUAUCAGAGGUAAAGAGCAUACAGAUGUUCUGCCAUUCGUCUUCAAUGACUUUAUGGGACUAGAGGAUGGAGAAUCACAUUGUGCACAUAUAGAGGACGUUGUCAAAGCUCUUCGGGGCCUCCUUACAGAAGGAUGCAAAUUAAAUCCAACUCCUGUUUCUGCUGAAGAUACGGCCUACAGAAGUGAUCCAGCUCCUCAAGAUCAGACAUAUUGCCUGGUGUACAUAAUAGCAGCUGAAAAAGUAUCUUUCAUGAAUCCGGAUCACAUUAAAAAGAUGAAGAGUAUUAGGAAGAGUGCCAGUGGACUGGAUAUUCCUCAAGUGAUCAUCAUGACAAGGGUGGAUGAAGCAUGUCCGCUGGUCAACAAAACAUUAAGGAAAAUCUACACCAGCAAGAAGAUCAAGGAGAAGAUGCAGGAAUGCAGUAACGUCCUAGGUGUCCCUAUGAACCACAUCUUUCCUGUAAAGAACUACCAUGAGGAAAUUGACACAGAUAAUGACAAUGAUGUCUUGAUUCUGACGGCGUUUACACAGAUUGUACAAACAGCAAAUGAUAAAUUGGUCCGCUCGUUAAGUUGUGAUGUAAAGAAUAGAGUUUCUGGGUCCAAGCGUUUACUUGUUAUUAAGACUACCACCACUACCAGUAUAACCAUUUAUGAGCAACAUUUAUUAGUGUCGAGAGGUGAAAAGAUAGAAUGAGUCUUACUUUCUUUCGCAAAAAAUGCCACCAAGAUGCACAACAUGUCUCUCAAAGAGGCAUAAAUGUUCCAGCAAAGUUAAACAAAAUCUAUUACAAAAGUGAAAAUGAAAUUAAAUGAAUUGUUGAAUACAGCAGCAUAUUUAUAUCUCCGCACAAUGUAUCAAAUAUUUCUAGCAGAAUUAAACCAGUCCCACAUUUGUGUGUUGGUUUGUGAAUUUAAUGACCAGUCAGCAGGGUUAAAAAUAGUCAUCCAUGAAGACAAGUUUGUUGAAGUCUUUAUUAAUGUGUAAAACAGCAAAAAAAGUAUUGUUUAUGUAGUAAAAAUAUGGAGUUUUGAAUGCAUUCUAUUAAUAGACACUAUAAAUCAUGAUUAUAUCAAGGGUAAUAACUCUGUAACAAGUGCCCUUUGUCUUGCAUUUCCAUAUUUAUAGUGUGUUCAAGCUUUUAAACUUCUGUUUUUCUUUGUUCAUAUGUUUUAAAUUCACAAUUGAUCUUUUCUCAAGAUAUUAAAUUAUCAAAACUAUUCUGAAAAUUGUAACCUUCCCAAGCACCACUCUUAGAUGGCUAUUGCAAUGGUUUCUUUUGUUUUAUAUCUAAAU